AUGACUGAAAUAAAUUUUGAAGGGGGAGAUGACGAGCCUUAUGCCGGACAGGAAGAGGAAGACUUAUUUCCUGUAAAGAACCCUUUGGCAGAACUUAGGAAAUGUUUUGAUGACUUGGAUCUUGUUGAAGUGCCAAUUAAGGCCUAUGUCGUACCAUACCACGAUGAGCACAUUAACGAAUAUCUUCCCGAUUGCGCUAAGAGGUUGAAGUACUUGACAGGCUUCACCGGUCUUGCAGGGACGGCGAUCAUAACACAGACUGACACAUGUUUGUGGACCGAUUCACGGUUUUACCAUUUGGCAGAAAGGGAGAUUUUUCCUGGCUGGGUGCUCAUGAGAACCGGUCUGCCGAGCGUUCCAAACGAGUCAGAUUGGCUGAGGACUAAAUUGCCUCCAGGUUCUUACGUUGGUGCCGAUGCCAAGGUGAUCCCUUACCCGAUGUGGAAUUCUUUCAAGGACGAACUGAAUCAAUGGGGUAUCGUAUUAAUUCCUGUAGUGAAGAACUUGGUGGACCUUGUUUGGGGAUACGAUAAACCGAUCGCUCCGAAUAAUAAAUUGAUUCGUGUCCCAAUUGAAUAUUCGGGCAUGGCAGCGAGUCAGAAACUGUUGAAGGUCUAUGAAAAAAUGAAAUCAAACAACGUAGAUAUGUUAAUCAUCUGUGCGUUAGAUGAUAUUGCCUGGCUUCUGAACUUGAGAGGAAGUGACGUCCCUUACAACCCGUUAUUUUAUGCUUUCGCUGUCAUAAUUAAAUUAAACGUACAUGUUUUCAUCUCGGAAUACCAAAUCACCGAUAAAAUAAGGAACCAUUUUCAAAGGGAGGAUAUUUGCAUCCGCUUACAUCCUUAUGAAAACUUUUACACUUUUGUUAAAGAGAUCGUCAUUGCAGAAAAAGCACAUGUUAAUAAAGUUUGGAUUCCGAGCAUCACACCGUUUGCAGUUUAUGACUUGAUACCAGAAGAAAAGCAGUUUUGUGAGUGCAGUCCCAUUCAAUUAAUGAAGGCUAUAAAAACCGAGAAGGAAGUUGAAGGUAUGAUCAACGCUCACAUAAAAGACGGAAUUGCAUUGUGUCAAUUUUUCUGCUGGCUAGAAUCACAAUGGAAAACGGAGGAAAUAACUGAAAUGGAUGCUGUGACCAAACUUGAGUUUUUCCAGAUGAAAGAAGCGUUGUAUGUAGGUUCGAGCUUGCAAACGAUAUCCGCCAUGGGGAAAAGCUCUAGUAAGCCUCAUUACACACCGAGCAUCUAUGAAAAUAACCCCUUGAAUGACCGUAAUGUCUACUUACUCGAAGCCGGAGCACAUUAUCAAGAUGGCACUACAGGCAUUGCAAGGAUGAUCCAUCUUGGUUUUCCGAGCGAAUUCCAAAGAGAAUGCUACACAAGGGUUCUCAAAGGACUCAUCUAUUUGAGCACGAGCAUUUUUCCUCCUAGAGUUAAAGGGAAUGUUUUGGACUGUUUGGCAAGAAAACACCUCUGGACUGUAGGGCUCGAUUACGGUCAUGCCACGGGUCACGGUUUAGGGUGUUUCUUGAACAUGCACGAAGGGCCGAUGGGCAUAUCGUGGCGUCCUUACCCUGAUGAUCCCGGUUUGGCUGUUAACAUGUUCAUUUCAAACGGUCCAGGCUUCUACAACGCAGCAGAGGACAACAUGUUCGGAAUAAGGAUUAUGAACAUACUACAAGUUGUUCCGUCCGAAGCUCCGUUCAAGCACCAAGACAAAACAUUUUUGAAGUUCGAUACAGUCUCAUUGUGCCCGAUUCAGAUAAAAAUGGUACUAGUCGAAUUGUUGACGCCUUCGGAAAUCAUGUUUAUAGAUCAAUACCAUUCCAGAGUGCUUGAGAUAUUGGGGCCUAUACUCAAGCACCGAGGUCUGUUUCAAGUCAACGAAUGGCUCGAAGCGGUCACAGCUCCUCUGUUACAACAAGCAAUCCCUCUUGAAGAAACCGAGUCCGAAGAGAAACCAUUCCCAGAACCUCAAGCAUAA